AUGGCGGCGUAUGACACGUCACUAGGGCGGCGAGGGAUACUGGAGGAAGGGGGACAGCAGCCAAGUGGACCCGUUCCGCUCUCCACGUCAGCAGGCUCGCCGCCACGUGGACCCAUUCCGCUGUCCACGUCAGCAGGCUCGCCGCCACGCGGCGCUGUAGGAGGGUCACCCCCACGCGCCACCGCUGGUCGCCCCGCGAGUCGCCCCGCAAGUCGCCCCGCGGCUCGUUCGGAGAAGCUGGCGGAGAUGGGCGGCGGGCUGGGCGGCGAGACUCGGAUCUUUGCGCGCGGGCAGACCAUCUUCUGGCGGCUGCUACAGCUGGCGACGGCUAUCAUUGCGCUGGCUGUCAUGACUGCUUCCAGUGCCAAUGGCAUGUACUUCCAAUACUACCAGGCGUUCAUAUUCAUGGUGGCGGCAAUGACAGCGGUGGCAGCGUGGUGCCUCGCCCAUCUGCUGCACUCCAUUGGUCGCCUCAUGACCCGCAAGUGGCGCAUCACUCUCUUCGCGCUCCUCGACUUCCUCGUGGCAUGGAUCGCUCUGGCCGGUGCCUCUGCUGCAGCGGGUCUCACCAGCUUUGCCGACAAGGGAUCAGGGAUGGUGCAGCCAGGGUACUGCCAGGUGGGUGGGGAGUGGUGCAGGGAGGUAGUUCCAGCUUCUGUGCGCGCACCAAGGCCACCAGCCACCAUCAGUGCUUUCACCCAAACCUCAUGCCCUGCUCUCCCCUGCCUGCCUGCAUGCCCCGCUGCUUCCCCCCCACGGCUCCUGCCCGCCAUGCAGAUGGGGCUGUUCUCCAGCUUCUGUGCGCGCACCAAGGCUGCCACGGCAAUGGCAUUCAUCACCUUUUUCGUCCUCAUCCCCUCCCUCAUUGCCUCUGCCACGCGAGCCGUUGUCAGCUGGUUCGAGGACUAG